CCUUCCUGUAACUGGCAGACUAAGAAGAAGCAUCAGGCCGGCGAGAUUUUUAUUUCUUCAGAAGAUUUACGUAAAACUUGAAAAUUCCUGAAACCAGGACGUAGGAUGUCCCGCUCCCUGCAACGCCUAAUGGGCAGCUGCCGACGCUGGGCACAGCAGCCCGCCGUUCGUCACUUUGCCGUUCCUGCGGAUUCCACAAAAGGCAAGGGUCCAAUUUCGUGGAAAAGUCUCGCAGUGAUUGGAGCACUCGGAGCUGGCGGACUGGGCUUUAUGCUGUACGUAAAAAGCGAGAAGGAUGAAGCGCGGUUAAAAGAGCGCCAGCGGCAGCUGGGAAAGGCAGCCAUUGGUGGCAGAUGGGAACUAGUGGAUUCCCAGGGAGCGGUGCGCAAAUCGGAGGACUUUCUAGGCAAGUGGUUGCUCAUCUACUUCGGAUUCACUCAUUGUCCGGACAUUUGUCCCGAUGAGCUGGAAAAGAUGGCUGCCGUGGUGGAUGAAGUGGAAAAAUCUCCUCAAACACCGGCGGUGCAGCCCAUCUUCAUUACCGUAGAUCCAGAACGUGACUCCAAAGAGGUGGUGGCUAAAUAUGUAAAAGAAUUCUCGCCCAAACUUUUAGGACUCACAGGAACCGUCGAUCAGAUCCGCAAUGUGUGCAAGGCCUUCCGGGUUUAUUUCAGUGCCGGUCCGCGGGACGCGGAUAACGAUUACAUCGUGGACCACACCAUUAUCAUGUAUUUGGUCAAUCCGGACGGAGAAUUUGUGGACUACUACGGUCAAAAUCGGGAUAAGGAUCAAUGCGUUGCCUCUAUUCUGGUGAACAUAGCCAAGUGGAACUCGUUGAACAAAAAGGGCUGGUUCAGCUAGGCAGUUUAAUCCCUACCAAUGUUGAUUCGUUGUAUUUAUUUUAACGUAUAACGUGAGCCUGUUAAAAUAUAGGAAAACAAAUAUA